AUGUUACUGUCUGUUACUCAUCCAUCCAAGUGUCGUCCAAGUACUAGUCAACAGUUAAAUGCGGGGUUGUUUCAAAGUCCAUUGAUUGGUGGACAACCAUUUGGUGCAACCGUUCCACAAAUGGGUAUGUCGGGUAUGAUUAAUGCUGCAGCUUUUUCGCAACAAGCAGCAGCCAGCAUGGGUGUGAAUUUGGGAAUGCUUCAGGGCCAUCAAACCAUUCGAAUGCAAGCUCAACAACAGCAACCACCUCAGAAGAAUCGAGUGUUUUCUGGUGUUGUAACAAAGAUGCAUGAUAGUUAUGGCUUUAUUGAUGAUGAUGUUUUUUUUCAAGUGAGCAAAAUUGCUUUCAGUGUUGUCAGAGGUACUCUGCCACGCACAGGUGAUCGUGUUAUGGUUGAAGCUACAUAUAAUUCGUCGAUGCCAUUUAAGUGGACUGCUUUACGAGUGGAACUGCUACGAGUGGAAAACAUAGGUCAGAAAGGUGCCCCACAUUCUCAUAUUUCUUCGCAGGAUAGAGCUCGUCAAAAUUUAUCUCCACGAGGAUCAUCGGGGAACCAGAAUUGGAGUGAUAAAGGUCCGUUGCCAUUGCCUCUUAUGCCUGAACAGCAUUCAAGAGAUAUACGCAGUGGGAUGCGUCCACGGUCACCUCCAUCUGCAGCAAUUCAUCGCUGUCGAACGCCACCCCGUACUAUCUCAUCAGUGAAUAGUGGGAAUGGACGUCGUCCUCUCUCACCUGUUCGACGAUCACCGCAGCAUUCAUAUCCUAAACGGUCUGCAAGAAGUCCUCUUCGCGGAGAAUUUAGUCGGAAUGCUGGUCUCCGAGCUCUUUCGCCGAAGCGUGGUACCUCUGUUCAUAAGCACGAUUCAUUAAAGCGUUCUCCAAAUAGUACUGUGCGCAAAUCACCAUCUCUAAAGCGUGAUAUUCCACCUCAUGAAAGCUUAUCGCCUCCUCGUCGACGCUCUCGCAUUAUUCCAAGAUAUCAAUGUUAUAUGCCUAAAGUACCAAUCACGAUGAUGAAUGAAAUCCGAUCUUUUACAAUUAUUCAUCUUCGUAAGAGAUAUCCGUCAAUGUAUAUCCCAUCAGAUUUUGUUGAAGCCACAGUUGAUUGGCCAUUCACAACACCAAUGGAAAAUCCUAUUUCAAUAUGUACUUCACCUAUUUCGUUUCAUGUUUUGCAUAAAGAUAUCGAUAAUCCUCAUUCGAAUGGAGAAUCGAAAACACUUAAUCCCUUGGACGCUGACCCCAGAUAUAGUGCAAAGGUGAUCUUGAUGGGUCACGCUGGUCUUAAUGCUGUGCACCAAAAAGCUUAUGGUCUUUUGCCAGAUGGAUCAUUGGAUGAAAGUAUUGAUCCGGUUUCGAUUUUUCGCUGUAUCAGUUUUCUUGUUGGAACUCGUGGAAAAGGUGAACUGAUGGCACUCGGUGGAUCGUGGUCCCCUUCCCUUGAUGGACAGAAUCCUUCGAAAGAUCCACAGGUGCUUAUCCACACGGCGGUUCGUACUGUUCGAGCACUUACUGGAAUUGAUCUUUCGAAUUGCACCAAAUGGUUCAAACUCGCGCAAAUUCGUUAUUAUCGUGCGGAAAAAAAUCGUGUGGAUACAACUGUAUUGCUGCUGCCCGAUACGAAUGGUUUAAUGCCUGGUGAGGAAGAUUAUCGACAGGUGCUAGCUGUGCUUAAGAAUCAACUGUCGACUAAACUAGCUGCAGUUGAGGCUCAGUCUCUCGAAUCACUAUUUCCUGAUGGUCAAAAUAUUGGGGAGGGCGGAACCAGUACCGAAGCAUCGAAGGAGCAGAUGGAAGAAGCUAUCGAAGAGGAUGAUGAAGAUGAUUUAACUCCCACUCAUUGGGCAAUGCUUGAUGUAAAAGCUAUGAAAGUAGCUGAAUUAAGACAAGAAUUAAUGGCACGUGAUUUGGAAACUAAAGGAGUGAAAUCUAUUUUGUGCGCAAGAUUACAACAAGCAAUAGAUCAGGAAAAAGCUAAGGAAGAAGGAAUGCAGGAAAAGGUCGAAGAAAGCGUUCCUAAGGAAGGGAAAAAAGAAGAUAAAGUACUCACUGAAGAAGAGAAAAAAGCAUUGGAGAAAUUGGAAAAAGAGAAAAAAGAGAAAAAAGCAUCUUUGGAACGACAUUACAGUUUACCUAAAGAAGCCGGUAUAUUGGUUUAUCCUAAUCGUUUGGCAAAAGGCGGUAAAUUCGAUUGCAAAGUAGUUACUCUUGCUAAUCUGCUUGAUUAUAGGAUCGAUGAUUGUAAGGAACAUUCUUUUGAGUUGGCCAUCUUAGUAGAAUCUAUAGCUGAAAUAAUUAAUCGUUCACAAGCUUUUACCGUUUACAAAGCAGUUUCUUCUUAUUUGGACAAAGAUGCUGAAAAGAAACGUCGUGAUGAUGCAAAAAUUGCUGAGCUGGUUGAAAAAGAAGUAAAGCAGGAGAAGGAAGUUGAUAGCGGUAUGAAAAUUGAAAAAAAUGAAGAAGAGCAGAAAAAAGAGAAGGAAAGACAAGAAGAAGAACGAAGAAAUGCGAUUGCCGAACCGCGUAAGCCUAUAGUUGUUAAUCGUUCUGUCUUCCAGGCAUUCGCACAUUUUGAUCAGAACCUUUGCGGGUACAUAACUGACAAAGAUGCUGAAGAUAUUUUAUAUACACUUGGACUGAAUAUUUCACGAGCUCAAAUCCAAAAGCUCGUGAAGAAGUUUUCCUUUCGAGAUAAAAUUAAUUAUCGCCAUUUUACUGACAGUUGGGUGAAUAAAGAUGGAACAGUUACUUAUGUACCUGGUACUUUACCAGAUGCACCAAAUUCUUCAACUCUUGUUAAAGGGAACGUUCUUUCGCAUGAAAUCGGUGAAACAGUGAAGCCAAGGGAUGUUCCAUUAGAGGCGAAUAAUAAUGAUAAUGUAAUUUAUCAUGGAGCAAUGAUUAACAUUCCUUCCAUGUUGGAGAAAAUUUCUCAAAUGGAAGCGGAACGAAAUGCUGCGCUGCAGAAAACGGACAUUUUGGAGGCACAGCUGAAAGAAGGAGCUCGUAAUGCUCAAUUAUUGGAAAAGAAAAAGAAACGGCUCGAAGAUGACGUGGAUAAAUACAGAAAACGAUUGCAUGAUGCAGAAAAAUGUCUUAAGAAUUCUGUGGAUGAUACGGUUCAAAUGAAAUCAGCGAUACAAGAAUUUCGUAAAAUAGGUGAAAAAAUACAAGCCAUGGCAGAUAAAAUGAUGCCUACAACGAAGGAUGAAGAAAAAUCAGUGGAAAAAGACGAGAAAGACAUUAAAAAAGAACGGAAAGACGACAAAACUGAACGAAAAAUAAUGAAGAAGAAGGAAAAUGACGAUCCAGCGAAACGAUCUGUUGGUAGUGCCAUUGGUAAGAAAGAGUUGACUUUAGUGGACGAAGUAAUUGGCGAAUCGAUGGAUGUCGAUGUGAUCUUAAAAGAAGAAAUUAAUGGGGAUGAAAAGGAUAACAAGGAACAAAAGGAAGCAGAAAACAUUGAUAAUGAAGAAUGCAAAAAAGCUGAGAUUGAGAUCAUUCAUACUUCUGAUCCUACGGUGAACAGUGAAUGA